GUGCACGCGCUCCAUUCGACUUUCGAUGCUCCAGAUUAGUUGGAUUGGUGUUUACGUAAUGUUUUCGAAAGCAACCAUAGCCGCCGGGAGGUUAUGCAAUCACGGAGGUCACCACUCCAAUGCUGGUCGCCGAUCGGCUUGUUGAUCCCUCAGUUUGAAAAUUUUGCACUUUCGGUUCGUCCAGUCAGUUCCAAAUUUUGAGUGUUUUUAAUUGCAAAAUUUCUUUUUUUAAUAAACAACCAUGGAGUCGAAAGUGAAGCUGACAAUGGAGCCGGCGUAUCUCAAACUCCAGAAAUACUACAAUGAAAGAGGUUCAAAUAUAAAUAUGAAAGAGUUAUUUGACACAGAUCCAGAUCGUUUCACUAAAUACAGUGUGAAACUCACCACUCCGAAGGAUGGCGACAUUCUUGUGGACUUUUCGAAAAACAGGGUCACAGACAGUGUACUCGAGGCGUUGCUGGAACUUGCAAAGGCGCGCGGUGUCAGUCAGGCGUGUGCAGCUAUGUUCGCCGGUGAGAAGAUCAACACGACGGAAGACAGAGCGGUGCUCCAUACCGCGCUCAGGAACCGGUCGAAGCAGCCCGUCUACUGCGAAGGUGCGGAUGUCAUGCACGAGAUACGAGACCAGCUUGAGCACAUCAAGCUCUUCACACAAGACGUGUUGAACGGGAGGUGGAAAGGCUACAUGGGGGAUGUGAUGACCGAUGUCGUCAACAUCGGAAUCGGCGGCUCAGACCUUGGUCCUCUCAUGGUCACCGAAGCGCUUAAGCCAUACAGAAACUCUCUCAAGGUGCACUUUGUCUCAAACAUAGACGGUACCAAUCUUGCAGAGGUUCUAAAAACAGUCCAAAGAGAGACAACACUCUUCAUCAUUGCCUCAAAGACUUUCACCACUCAAGAGACCAUGACCAACGCUUUAUCAGCCAGGAAAUGGUUCCUUGAAGUUGGAGGGCUUAGGGACUUGAGACAGCACUUUGUGGCCGUUUCGACCAACAGGGGCAAAGUGAAGGAGUUCGGAAUCGAUGAGAAGAACAUGUUCGAGUUUGGAGAGUAUGUCGGAGGCCGUUAUUCAGUCUGGUCUUCCAUUGGACUGUCGGUCGCGCUGGCCAUCGGUUUUCCCAACUUCGAGCAGUUCCUAUCCGGCGCUUACUUCAUGGACAACCAUUUCAAAACUGCUGAAUUCCGUAGGAAUGUUCCUGUAUUGCUUGCGAUGAUUGGGAUAUGGUAUAACAAUUUUUACGGUUCUGAGACCCAUGCGAUACUACCUUAUGAUCAAUACCUACACAGAUUUCCUGCAUACUUCCAACAAGGAGACAUGGAAAGCAAUGGAAAAUAUGUGACUAGAAUGAAUGAAAAGGCCAACUUUCCGACUGGGCCUGUUAUUUGGGGUGAGCCAGGGACGAACGGUCAGCACGCCUUUUACCAGCUGAUCCAUCAAGGCACACGCCUCAUCCCCUGCGAUUUCAUCAUUCCGGCAUUGUCCCACAACCCACUCAGCAAUGGACAGCAUCACAGGCUUCUUGUCGCCAAUUUUCUUGCCCAAAGCGAGGCACUUAUGAAAGGGAAGACGGUCGAUGAGGUGAAAGCCGAACUUAAGUUGUGGCCUGAGGAAAAGGCAAGUAAAAUCAUUCCACAUAAAGUGUUUGAAGGAAACAGGCCGUCUAAUUCCAUCGUAGUAAAGAAAAUCACUCCUUUCACCUUAGGCGCCCUCAUAGCCAUGUAUGAGCACAAGAUUUUCGUUCAGGGUGUUGUCUGGGACAUCAACUCAUUCGACCAGUGGGGCGUGGAACUUGGUAAACAACUGGCGAAAGUGAUCGAACCAGAACUCGAAACACCGGAGGAGAUCCAGACCCAUGACUCAUCCACAAACGGUCUCAUGAAUUUCAUUAAAACACAAUGCGGCUUUUCUAUUCUUACGAGACUGCGGAAAUCUAUUUAUACAUUGUGCUAUGCCGGUGUCUAUACUACGAUGAAGAGAUUCGAGCCGGUUAACAUCGCCCUUUCGACGAGUAUGUUCCUCUUUUGGUAUCUCUACCCUCCUAAAUCAUGCUUUUGAGAGGAAACAUAAAAAAUAAUUGUUUUACAAUUGAAAAUUGUCUAAUUAAAAUACUUUGCUUUAUGUUUAUA